CGCAUCAGAUGCAUCCUGCAUUGCCGCCGUAGAGUAGUGGGAGUCACACCAGUCAGUCCGUCUUCGCGCGACUACGACAUCGCACAGCGUUUCGGCCGUUCAAACUCGCACAGUCCUCAGUUUGACGCCAUCCGCUCGCAAGCACCGUUUGCCGGCGUGUUGUUGAACUCUUUCGCCGAUCCAUCCGCCAGUUACGUGGCUCUAACUGUUCACCAAAGCGGAACGUCAUCGGCAGUUGUUUUGUUGAUAUUCGGCUGAGUAUCCGUGGUUACCCGGUGGAAUCGAUAAGACAACAGAAAACACCGGCUCCUCAGUCGGAUUUUGUGAUUUAGUUUGGAAAGUGACUGGAUUUUUUCGUGGUUAUUUUUGGAGCGAGAACGACCAACGGUCGAAGAUGCAAUCCUAGUUUACCAUUGACGAACUGUUUUUUGUUUCACUGAAAAAAAUACUAGAAGCUGAUUUCUGCGAUGGAGUUGAAGACGUCUGCCAUCAUCUUCAACCUGUGUCUUCUCAGUAUCGUCACCUGCUUGGACCUUAAAAACGGAGCGUAUGAAGAAUUGGUCAUCAAGAUCGCUGAUAAUGUUCCUGAAUCUGAUUGCAGAAUAAUUUUGGAAAAUUUAGAGGGAACUCUGACAAGUGCAUCGCAAUACUUGUUUUCCGCUCUAGACAGUAGGGCUUAUUUACGGUCUGCAACUGUUUUACUUCCCUCGUCAUGGCCCGAUUCCUGCGCGCCUUCUGCUGUCUUAGGGGCUUCCGGAGAAUCAUCGGACAUAACAGUUCUACCAUCCGGUCCUGUUCACGGUGACAUGUACACUCAGCAAUCUCUCGGAUGUGGACAACCUGGCGACCAAAUUUUCCUUAACUAUGCGACGUUGCAUUACAAGAACCCGACUCUCGCUAGAUCCCUCAUCAAAGAAUUUGCUAUGUAUCGCUAUGGAGUGUUCGAAGAGCAAGGUUACUUCAACGAUCCCGUCUACCCCAUGUGUUACUACGACGAUGUGAACAAGAAGACGAAAAUUUCUGGAUGCUCAGACCUACCAAUUUCUGAAAAUGGGUUGUGCCAUUCUGAUUCUACUGAAUUUAACGUAACACAAUUAGUCGAUCCCAAUGCACGAUCUUCAAUAAUGUUUGCCGCUGAAGCACCUUCUGUAUCCAUGUUUUGUGAUGACGGAAACCACGAUAGAUUUGCACCCACUAAACAUAACUUAAUAUGUCAGAGGAAGAGUGUUUUAGAAGUAAUUUUAAGACAUCCUGAUUUCUCCAGCCGAAAUGCCCAGAACAAUUUUAACAAUAACCAAAUCACUGACACGACACCUAACAUUGUGUACAAGAAACAGAAUUUAACUCGCUACCUAUUUGUCGUUGAAAAUAACAAAGACAUGCUGCAAAGGGAAUCUUGGAGCUAUCUUCGUCUAGCAAUGAGAUAUUGGGCUCUGUAUGUUGUUCCGGAUAAUUCUGAAUUGGGACUGGUCUUAUCCACUUCUAACCCCGUGCCAAAUCUGAAACUACUGUCUGCUAGAACGAGCUUUAGCGAUAAAUUUGGUACUACCAACAGAGAUAAAUUCUAUUCUGCUUUACCGUAUACUCCAAGCGAAUCAAUUCAACCCGGCUGUCUUCAUUGUUCGUUAAAAGUAGCAAUGAAUAUGCUAAUUGAUCGUACAAGAUCACACGGUCCAGCAAAUAACGUUAUAGUUGUAAUAGCACCCGGUAUGGCUGUCACUGAUCAGAUUAAAAAUGCGGCAAAAGAAUUGAAGAAGAACAAAAUUCGAAUGGCUACCAUUAACUAUCCUGAGAUUGUUCGUCCAAAUACAUUGAGACUGUUAGCAGAAGAAACGGGUGGAAUGGAUUACACCAUUUUUGAAAACAAACUAAAUGUAGAUACAACCAUGCUCACUACUUAUUUUGAACUACACAAUGUGUUGUACGAUAUAGUCGAAAAGUUUUAUUCUGGAAGCAAAGCUGAUCUUCCUAUUGAGAUUCACCGCCGUGAAAUCACCGAUAAAACAGGAAGACCUCUUGUUAGUGGCACCUUCAUAAUGGACCCUAGCCUAACCGAACCAGCCCAGUUCACAUUCUUUACAUACAACACCGUUACGCCUUUGUUCAAAGGUUUAAAACUCACCAGUCCCAGCAAUCACGUCUACGAUAGCAGAACAGAUAAAUUCAUCGACUUCAAAAUGAUCACUUUAAAUGCAAAUCUAACUGAAAGUGGAACAUGGACUUACAACGUCGAGCCCUAUUCAGGAAACCCUCAGCCACAUUUCUUGAAAGUCAUGGCUACUCCUAUAUCACCAUACGUUCCUGUAAUUCGCACUUCAUUUAGAAUCCACAAAUUAAGUCCUGGACUUCUUAUUUUAUUGGCCGAAGCCAAAUACGGUGAUUUGCCGAUUCUUGGAGCCAAAGUAGAAGUUACUGUUACGAAACUUGUAAUGAACGAGACAACGCCACAGAAAUCAAUUAUCUAUCUUCUGGAUACCGGUUCUGGGGAUCCAGAUAUUACACGAGGUGAUGGAAUUUAUACUAAAUACUACAGUGCUGAUGAUGCCGGCUUAUAUACCUUCCAAACGAUCAUUACUAACAAUGACAACACAGCAUAUACUUGGAGUUCGUCAAAAAAUAGCGAGGAAAAGCCGUGCUGUGGUAGUUCAAUAAAAAGCAACGGUGCUCAACAAAUCUCCCCCUUCCAAAGAGUUCUAACCAAAGAAACAUUAAUGAUAACCCCCGAAGAUGUCCGAGUUCAAACUGACAGUCUAUUAUCAGUGGGCCGAAUUGGUGAUUUACGAGUGGUUGUUUUUCCCGAAGACAUGAAGGCAAAACUCACAUGGACUUCUCCCGAUAUGGGUGGACAUACAGUAUCACGAUACGAGAUUAAAUAUGCUAGGAAUGUCGUAGACAUACUGGAUAGAUUUGAAACAUCAGCUCUACUUUGGGAAACCGGAACAGGAGCAUUAUAUCCUAUGGACCCUGGAUCCGAGACAAGCUAUACUAUCGAUAUGUCCCAAAAUAAAGAUUUGUUAGAUAAGCCACUGUAUUUUGCGGUUAAAUCUUAUGGAACUGUAGGCUCAGAACUAGCAGGACCCAUUUCAAAUUAUGUACGAGUUUAUGUUCCUUCCCCACCCCCACCACCAACAGUAGCUCCAACUGCAUCACCAAACGAACAUUCGAUCUGGCCCAAUCACGUGAAUCCUGUAGGUGCUGAUUCCGUUGGACCCAGCAUAUCGAAACCACUCUCCUUGGGGCUAGAACUAAUAUUGCCAGUGGUUAUCGGAAUUAUUUUGCUCGUUGUGCUGUUGGUAGUUUAUUGUUAUUUCUGCGUGGUGCGAAAAAAGGCUACAACCAAUCACAAAUCGGCUAAGGAGAACGCCAUAAAGAAAGAUAAUUUGAGCUCAACUAUAACAAUUGUUCCUAAUUCCCCGCAAAAUACUUCUCCUCAACAUCAAACAUACCAAAGCAACGAAACCCCUGAUCCUCAUCAAGUUGGAGUGCCAGUGAGUAACUACGCGUACGAAGAUGAAACUAAAAAAAGGUAUUCUUUGGUUAAUCAGCAAGAACAACAGUUAAUCGAAGAACUGAAGCAACAACACCAAAUCCACCAGCAGCAACGUGAUAACCUCCCUCCUGCAUAUUCCGGCUUAAGUGUCAUUUCUAACAAUACCAUUAAUAGAAACGGUCAACCUUUAAGUCCGUACAACUCCUGGAGUGCUUCCCAGUUACUUCACGAACACGAAAGGAGAUACAGUCCUAUGGAUAAUAUGAUGAGCGAAGAACCGUUGAUGACGCACCAAGAAGUACUAGCACAAAUGGACCAUAUGUCAAUUAACGGACAAAGUAUGGAUCACAUGAGCGUAAACGCACACCAAAUCACCGAACAGUAUCCUCCUCCGGUACCUCCGCUACCAGCAUUCAACAACGGAGGAUAUCCAGUGAAUUAUAAUAUAUACGGUGUGCACCAAGCACCCUCACAACAAAACCAAAUAUACCAAAGCAUGCCUAGAUCGGAACAGGUAGUACCCUUCAACGCUAGUUUGCAGGGAUCAAUGAAUUCAGUCAAUAGCGGCGAGAAGAAACGAAGGAACGUUACGAUGGUAUAACAGAUGGUUGUCCUCAAGACUGUGAGCAUGGAGGAAAGCGAAGCCAGUACAACUUUUGUGUGAAUGCGACAUGUAUAUUGUGUAUAUUUUUAAUAUUGUAAAUAUUUUUGCUAGUCAGUGACUUGUAUAUUGGUUAUUUUUCUAUUGAUUGUGAGUUGUUGUUAGUAUUUAAUACGUUUUGACUGUCUCCGUGCAAAAUCUAUAGAAUUAUUGUUCUACGUGUACAUACAUACAUAAAACUAUUUUGACGUGUUAGAUUUGUAAGUAAAUUUUUCUCAAAGCAAAGCCAGUACUUAGAAAAAAUAGGAUUACACCACUAGAUGUAUAGCUAGCUUAAGGCAGAGAAAAAAUGCUUUUUUAUUUUUUAUGAAGACUGAUCUCACAUUGAAUUUGUUUUUCUUUUCGUUACUUACGUGAGGUUUUGAUUUUAUAUAUUUUAUUGUAAAUAUGGUGUUUAAAAUUUUAAGAGACGAUUUUGUACAAAUAGUUUUAAUUCAUAUGCCAGUAAAUUAAUUUGUACCUA